AUGAAUUCCACAUUUAAUCAAACGGACAAUGGGAUCUUUUCCAACCGAACUGGGGAGAUUUUGUCGUGCUGUAACUUCUCAUCAGUAGUGACUGAUGAUGGUUUCGGGGCAGCCGCCCCAGACGAGAGAAGUCUUUUUAUAAUGCGAGUUGUACAAAUAGCAGUGAUGUGCGUUCUCUCACUAACUGUGGUUUUCGGAAUAUUUUUCCUGGGUUGUAACCUUCUCAUCAAGUCCGAGGGGAUGAUAAACUUUUUGGUGACGGACCGAAGACCAUCUAAGGAAGUGGAAGCUGUGAUUGUGGGGGCAUAUUAG